AUGCCCUUCAUCAAUGACAUCACUCAACUGAAUAAUGUUUACGUCUUCAAUGAUACUGAAAUCCUACAUGAAGAAUGGAUAAAAAAAUGGGAUAAAAUCAAGAGCGUUCAUUCCAGUAGCAAUGACUUAUGUCAAGCAUUACAACUGGAUGUCAAACAAUGCAGUCAAGACUCUAUUGCUGUGAGUUUUGUCACAGUAGAUGAAAUGGCUUCAAUUGAUAACUUGAAUCAGUUGGAGCCAACUUUUAUGUACACCCAAAUAUUCAAGGAUAUUCUUCUUGAUAUGGAACAUGGUACACAAGCCAUCAAACAAUUUACUGCUUACUGCCGAAAUAAUAACAGUGUGUCACCAAUCUAUAUUGACCGUUUUGAGAAAGAAUAUCGUCCUCAAUUAGCUAUCUGGUGGUAUUCUUUCCCAUCCAAUAUCUUUUCAAUACUCAAUUAUGCUCUUCGCUCUAUGAAAGGCGACACUAUCAUAAAUAUGGGUUUUUUCAUUCAUGAUCUGCACCAACAAAUUCAACAACUACACCAACAACAGCUUAAUAGUUAUCAUGGCAAACUAUUCAUAGUUUACCGGGGACAAGGUUUAUCCAAAGCGAAUUUCGAAAAACUCAAAAACACACAAGCUGGUUUGAUGUCUUUCAAUAACUUUUUAUCCACUAGUACCGAGCAAGACAUAGCUCUCGGACUUGCUUAUAGUGCGUCAGAAAAUGUGGACAUGGUUGGCAUUUUCUUCGUAAUGUCCAUUGAUCCUUGUAUUAAAUCAGCACCAUUUGCCUCCAUCAAAGAAGAGAGUUAUUUUGAGGGAGAAGAUGAAAUUCUCUUCUCAAUGCACACUGUGUUUCGGGUGAGUGCAGUUAAACAAAUGGACAAUAACAAUAAACUUUAUCAAGUUGAACUAAAACUAACAUCCGAUGAUGAUCAACAAUUACGACUACUUACUGAUCGAAUAGGAGAAGAAGUUAGUGGUGGUACUGGAUGGCAGAAAUUGGGUAACUUAUUACUUAAAAUCGGCCAGUUUAAUAAAGCUGAACAGCUUUAUAAAUUAUUACUCGAACAGACAUCUGAUAAGAGUGAAAAAGCAUAUUAUUAUGGUAGUCUGGGAUAUGUUCAUGCUAGCCAAGGUGAAUAUGAAAAGGCCAUUUGUUAUUACGAACAAGGACUUGAAAUUAUACAAAAAAUUUACACUUCAGAUCAUCGUGAUUGGGCUACUUCAUACAACAACAUCGGUAGUGUGUAUGACAAAAUGGGAGAGUACUCGAAAGCGCUUUCAUUUUACGAAAUAGCACUUGAAAUUCAACAAAAAAAUCUCCCUUCAAGUUAUCCUCAUUUGCGCAGCCCAUACAGCAAUAUUGGUACUGUAUAUCACAAGAUGGGACAGUACUUGAAAGCACUUUCAUUUUAUGAAAAAGCUCUUAAAAUUGCGCAAAAAACUCUUCCUUCAAAUCAUCCUGAUUUGGCUACUUCAUACAUCAACAUCGGUAGUGUGUAUGACAACAUGGGAGACUACUCGAAAACAGUUUCAUAUUACGAAAAAGGCGUUAAAAUUCUGCAAAAAACUCUUCCUUCAAAUCAUCCCGAUUUGGCUAAUUCAUACAGAAACAUCGGUAGUCUAUAUAACAAAAUGGGACAGUACUUGAAAGCACUUUCAUAUUAUGAAAAAGGCGUUGAAAUUUUGCAAAAAACUCUUCUGUCAAAUCAUCCCGAUUUGGCUAAUUUAUACCACAACACCGGUUUGGUGUAUAGUAACAUGGGAGAGUACUCGAAAGCACUUUCAUAUUAUGAGAAAGGUCUUGAAAUUGCGCAAAAAACUCUACCUUCAAAUCAUUCUCAUUUGGCUAAUUUAUACAACAACAUCGGUAGUGUGUAUGACGAUAUGGGAAAGUACUCAAAAGCACUUUCAUUUUAUGAAAAAGCUCUCGAAAUUCGACAAAAAAGUCUUCCUUCAAAUCAUCCUGAUUUGGCUGCUCCAUACAAUAACAUUGGUGGUGUGUAUGACAACAUAGGCGAGUACUCGAAAGCACUUUCAUUUUAUGAAAAAGUACUUCAAAUUCUGGAAAAAUCUCUGCCGUCAAAUCAUCCUCAUUUGGCUACUUCAUACAACAACAUCGGUUUGGUGUAUAACAACAUGGGAGAGUACCCGAAAGCACUUUCAUUUUACGAAAAAGAUCUUGAAAUUCUGCAACAAAGUCUUCCUUCAAAUCAUCCUGAUUUGGCAACUUCAUACAAUAACAUUGGUUUGGUUUAUAGCAACAUGGGAGAAUACUUGAAAACACUUUCAUUUUAUGAAAAAGCGCUUCAAAUUCUGCAAAAAUCUCUGCCUUCAAAUCAUCCUCAUUUGGCUGGUUCAUACAGCAAUAUCGGUACUGUAUAUAUCAAGAUGGGGGAGUACUUGGAAGCACUUUCAUAUUAUGAACGUGCUCUGGACAUCUCGCAGCACGCAUUACCUCCAACUCAUCCUAAUAUUAAACAUUUGAAAAUGAGUAUUGAAAUUGUAAAAAAGAAAUUGUAUAAAGAAUAUUUCAUAAAUAAAUAA